AUGCUCGAGAACACUGUUCCAGAGGGACACUCAUCCCCGCAAUCCCACCAAAACACCGAAAACGCAUCUCCGCUGCAAGCUUACCUCAACACCCUCCGCGAUUCUAGCUCUCCACUAUCCACAACAGUCGAAGCGCUACACUCGCUCUUCACAAACCCAAUCCACAAGCUCACACCCUCAAUCACCCCAGCCGGCAAACGCCUCUUCAGCAUCACCAACACCGAGAACCCCUCUCUAUCCGGCACCGCAGACCUCAACACCCUCGGCCGAAUCCACCUAGUCGCCGCAGACCGGUGUACGCGCGCGCACGCUCCCCUCAAAAUGCGAUUCAUGCAUGCCUCUCUCGACGAGCCCAUCGAAGAACUAUACGGCGAGAGCGAGGACCUCCUGCGCGCGGGACUGAAAGACGGUUCUGUGGUGUUCCCGCCUCUCGAUGAGAACGAGAGGGGCGUGUGUGCUUGCUGUCGGGGGGAUCCAGACGCUGUGAUUCUGUGCAGCUUUCAUCAUAAUGAGGCGCUGUUCUUCUUCGAGGACGAGUAUAGGGUGCUUUUUGGGGAGGAGAGGGAGUGUGGGAGUCGGAGUGGGGGUGGGGAACGUUGGCUUAUGGCUAGUAAGGAGCAGAUUGAGAGGAAGAUUGAGGAGGAGGAGAAGGCGAUUAACAUGGAGAAGGAGAGUAAGCUUUGA